AUGAGUUUGAUUCUGGUAAUGACGUUCAAACGAAGUACUCAGCUAACCAACAGCACACAAGCAGAAAGUCAUUUGUUUCAAUUUAAUAGAGAUUAUUAUAUUUCAAUAUUUAGAUUUUGUAAUUGUUUGUUGUAUUUAUAUCUCUGUGUAUUAAUUACUGAGAUAUUGCCAUUAGUCAACAAAAAAUACAGUAGAGUCAUGACAAUAAAGGUCUCCUUGAUACAAGUCUUUCUUCUCCAAAGCUAUAGUAUAACUUUGGUUGUAUGUAUCUGUGUAUCUGUGUAUUUAAAUCACAUGGGUUACAAAGGGUUGAAUCGAUGGUAUUGUACAAUGACAAUGUCAUCUAUGCUAAUUUAG